GUGGAUGUUGUGGGGGAGAAAGCUGCUGCGCUCCUUCUCUGCGCAAUUAAGACGCGCAGUUCUCCCGCAGCCUGAAGUCCCGAUGCGCACCUGUGGGAGUGUCCGCCCCGCCCCUCCUCCUCCUCCUCCUCCUCCUCUCUCUCUCUCUCCCUCUCCCUCCCCAUGGAUGUAAUCUCCGACCUGGCGACAGGUAUUUGUGACGUGCCAGACGCAGUGAACUGUCCAGACCUCGGCGAGCUUUGGGCAGGAGAGUCGGACGAGCAGAGCUCCUGCAGCAGCAGCAGCAGCAGCAGCAGCGCACAGUCUCCAGAAAUCCCCGUCGCAGCGUCUGCAGCCAUGGGCCGCCAGGAGGGCGACUGCGUGUGGAAGAAGAACACCGACAACAUCCAGGAGGUGUUUGACUUCAUGGAGGAGUUGGGGUCAGGGGCGUUCUCCGAGGUUUACAUGGUGAAGGAGAAGAAGACGGGAAAGCUGUUCGCCAUGAAGUGUGUGAAGAAGAAACAGAAGAACGACCUCAAUCUGGAGAACGAGAUCACCGUGUUGAGAAGAAUCCAACACGACAACGUUGUGAGGAUGGAGGAUUUCUAUGAAAGCCGGACCCACUACUACCUUAUCAUGGAGCUUGUUUCGGGCGGUGAGCUCUUUGACCGUAUUCUGGACCGCGGCGUGUACUCGGAGAAGGACGCCAGCAGCGUGAUCAAGCAGGUGCUGCAGGCCGUCAGCUAUCUGCACCAAAACGGCGUCGUGCAUCGCGACCUCAAGCCGGAGAACAUCCUGUACUACAGCCACGACGAAAACUCCAAGGUCAUGAUCAGUGACUUCGGCCUCUCGAAGAUGGUCGACAACGGCGUCAUGUCGACCGCCUGUGGCACUCCAGGAUAUGUGGCUCCUGAAGUCUUGGCACAGAAGCCGUACAGCAAGGCAGUGGACUGCUGGUCUAUUGGAGUCAUCACCUACAUCUUACUCUGUGGAUACCCCCCGUUCUAUGAAGAGAGCGAGACGCGGCUCUUCUCCAAGAUCAUGAAGGCUCAGUACGAGUUCGACUCGCCCUUCUGGGAUGACAUAUCCGAAUCAGCCAAAGAUUUCACCCGUAACAUGAUGCAGAAGGAUCCCAACAUGCGCUUCACCACCGACCAAGCGCUCAGACAUCCCUGGAUCAUCGGAAAGACGGCCCGCAGCCACGACAUCUACUAUUCCGUCAGCGUUCAGAUCCAAAAGAACUUCGCCAAGUCCAAGUGGAAGCAAGCGAUCAACGCUGCCGUGGCCAUCAACCACAUGAAGAAGCUGCAGCAGGCCCACUCCGAGCUGGCGAUGAGACAGACCAGCAUCCCGGACAUCAAGGUCACCGACUUGUCCUCGCCGAUGAAAAACGGCCAGUCCCUCGACCCGGACAGGCCGGACCCCGGCCGGACCCCGGGGGUGGGCGGGAAAAUGCAGGGGGCGAACCUCAUGCCCCUGCCCCAGGGCCACAACGAACCCAAGAGCCACUACCACGCGCUGAAGGCGACCCAGAGCCAGGGCGCCGGCGCGCAUCACGCGCCCACCAUAGCGGAGCAGGGCAAACACGUCUACCACUCGGAGCCCGCCAACCUUAACGGGUACUGUAAGAACCGCACUGGAAAGACUGUGCAGACCGGAGUGUGCUCGGUCAUGUGAAGGCUGCGUGAAGUUUACACGGGGAAAAAAAGCCUUUAUUUCUUGGUCAGUGUUGCUGUUCUGACUCGGCAUGCAGCUGUUUUGUGUCGGCAGCUCCCCCCCCCCGGCACCGAGAGGGAGAAGUGGUGGAUCCUCUGACCAGACCUGAGUAGGUCUGCGAGGUCCACAGAAGUCUGUGGGACAUUUUUAUUAUGGAAAGUGUGCCUGUGAAAGCUUCCCGACUACCAAUGCACCAACGAACGAUCCCACACACACACACACACACACACACACACACACACACACACACACACACACACACACACACACACACACACACACACACACACACACACACACACACACACACACACACAUGCACACACGCACACUUACACUUUCAGAUUGCACAAGAUUCACUUUGAUUCAGACGCACAGGGUAGGCUCCAGUUGAGCAGUGUUCGGAGGAUUGGCUCACCCCGCCGCUGGAUGUCCGUCCCCCCAUGAUGAAGCGGUUGUCCGACCUCCGAUGUCACAAAGGCUUAUUUCACAAAUCCUGACUUUUGAUCAGGCUCCGUUUAUUUCCCCCUCAGCGGCACUCGAGUGCCCAGGUUUGUAGAAUUUGUGGUAACGUGUCAUCAAACAGAAUAUUAACAAUGCAAUAAGUCAAAUUAUUGCACUGUACUCUGAUCAUGCGCAAAAGCAUCAUCCCCGACAGCCAACCUGCUCUUGUAAGCUCUGUAGAAUGUUUAUAAUAAUAUAUAUAUUAAAAAAAACAGCAUGCUUACUUCUCCAAAUAAAGCCAUACUGGUGAUAUUUUAUUAUUGUAAAGUUGUGUUCUGUUUUAUUUUUCUAAAGUAUCCGUUUCUUUUCUUUAAAAAAAAAUGAGUAUAAAAAAUAGAAAACUGACAAAUUGUUAACAGUGUCAAUGCCACAAGUAUAAUCCCUAACUUGCCAACACGCAGCUCUCACAUCAACCUGCUAGAAUUUAAAAGGCGAUUUAUGUUCAGUGUAAAAUUGCUGUUUCUUCUACUUACUGUAAGUGGUUCACUUUGGACAGUCUGCUUUUUGUCUUUACCGCUGUACUGUACGUGGCUUUGUAUUGAUGCGUUUAAUGGUUAUCGAUUCCUGUAUGCUCAUGAAUAAAUGGUUUUCCUGCCGCUUA